AUGUCUUGGAAAUUAACGAAAAAAUUAAAAGAAACACAUCUUGCCUCUGCGAUCGGAUUGAAUUCCAGUGGCUCAAUAAAAGGCUUGCGGAACAAUGCGCAUUCUUCAAUGUCGUCUCGAAAAUCGAGCGAUGAGAAAUCCAGCAGAAGCUCAGAAGACCGACAACCUCAGAGCACAGUGGUUCAACCAGGUUUGCUUCAAGUCACAAUUAUUGCAGCCAGAGACUUGCGUCUACCAUCUGGAUAUACGCCAACUAACUAUACAGCAUCUUUCGGUGCUAUUCCCAGUAAUAAUGGCUUAGGACAUUCCCGGUCGCGAAGUCAUGCAUGGUGGUUACCUUACAUCGUGGUAGAGUUUGACAAAAACGAGGUUUUAGUGGAUGCUCUAAAUACUGCUACUCUAGAAAAUCCAAGGUGGGAUUAUCAGGCUACUUUUGAUGUUUCCCGAUAUUCAAAAUUAUCUUUAAACAUUUAUCUUCGAUCUUCUACAAGUCGAUUGCGAAACGGGAUGGGAAAUGACGUGUUUUUGGGAGGAAUAAAGAUUCCUCCAUCUUUUGUUGUCAAUAAGCUUACUGAUGAAUGGGUUUCUUUACAGGGAGGCAGCGGAGAAUUACGAGUUCAAAUGCUGUAUAAACCGAACCAGAAUACCCCCCUUACCAUUGAUGCUUUUGACCUUUUAAAAGUGGUCGGAAAAGGCUCUUUUGGAAAAGUCAUGCAGGUUCGAAAACGAGACACCUCGCGUAUUUAUGCUUUAAAAACUAUUCGAAAAGCACACAUUGUUUCAAGGAGUGAAGUUGACCAUACUCUGGCAGAAAGAACUGUGCUGGCGCAAGUUAACAAUCCCUUUAUUGUUCCAUUAAAGUUCUCUUUCCAAUCUCCCGAAAAGUUGUAUAUUGUUUUGGCAUUCGUUAACGGUGGUGAGUUGUUUCAUCAUUUACAGCGUGAAGGUUGCUUUGGCACUUCCCGAGCAAAGUUUUACACGGCAGAACUGCUGGUAGCUCUCGAGUGCCUUCAUGAAUUCAACGUCAUUUAUCGUGACUUAAAACCAGAAAACAUUCUUUUAGACUACACCGGACACAUUGCUCUAUGUGAUUUUGGUUUAUGCAAAUUAAAUAUGGCCAAAACUGACCGCACAAACACUUUUUGUGGCACUCCAGAAUACCUCGCGCCGGAAUUGCUUUUGGGUCACGGUUAUACAAAAGUAGUUGACUGGUGGACUUUGGGUGUGCUACUUUACGAAAUGAUAACUGGUCUCCCCCCGUUUUAUGAUGAAAAUAUAAAUGAAAUGUAUAGAAAAAUUUUACAAGAUACGCUACGCUUCCCUGAUAAUAUUGACAAAGAUGGCCGUAACUUACUUUGCGGCUUAUUGACUCGCUCACCGGAUAAAAGGUUAGGUAGUCGCGGUGCCCAAGAAAUAAAAAACCAUCCUUUUUUUGCGGAUAUUGAUUGGAAAAAGCUUUUUGCCAAAAAGAUUCAGCCGCCUUUCAAACCAUGUGUUGAGUCUGCUAUUGAUACGAGCAAUUUUGACUCCGAAUUUACCUCAGAAAUCCCAAUGGAUAGUGUUGUUGCGGAUUCACAUCUUUCGGAGACCGUUCAACAACAAUUUGCAAAUUGGAGCUAUCAGCGUCCUACUACAAUAGAUGCAUCUGAUGACAUUUCGACGAUUGCUCCUGGAAGCAUAACGCGGUAG